UAUGUUUGUUCAAUGGACCAGUGCUGUAACUAACAGACAGAUAAACUGACGUACUAUACAUUAAUAGUAUAUAAUAUUAAAGUUAUAUGCAAUAAAUAAUUAUGUUUGGUUAUAAAUACUUAACGUCGAAACAUUUGAAAGGAUUUGACAAAUACAAGUACAGCGCCAUAGACACCAGUCCCCUUAGCAGAUAUGUGAUGCAUCCAUCCUGGAACUUCAUGGUGAAGUUCAUCCCGAAAUCGAUAGCGCCGAACCUUCUGACCUUCUCCGGUUUCCUCUGUAUGUUGUUGUGUGUUUUAAUGCUGCUGGUCUACGACUACGACUGCACGGCAUCUGGAAGACCUGGAGAUGGAAGAAAGGAUGAAUACAGCAUACCGAAUACAGUAUUCGUUCUGUGCGGAAUACUAGUGUUCUUGGCGUACAAUCUAGAUGGUUUGGACGGGAAGCAGGCUCGUCGUAUCGGAGUCUCUGGACCUCUGGGUGAGUUGUUCGACCACGGUCUGGACUCCUACAUCGUGUUCCUCAUACCCUACUGCCUAUUUUCAGUCUUCGGAAGAGAUCAGUUCUCCAUAACCGUCUUCAGAGGCUACCUCAUCAUAUUAAGCAUAGUUCUUAAUUUCUACGUGAGUCACUGGGAGAAGUACAACACAGGAACGUUGUACCUUCCAUGGGGUUACGACCUUAGUAUGUGGGUAUCGACGAUCCUGUUCCUACAAGCUGGCGCCCAAGGUCCGGUAAUCUUUAAAACCUUCGUCUUCAAUGACGUGACAUUCGUCCAAGCCCUGGAGGUCGCUAUACACGCCACUGGCUUAUUCACGACCCUGCCGGUUGCCGUUUAUAAUGUUAUCUUAUCACACAGGAACAGGACAGGUAAGAUGUUGUCUCUGAGGGAGGCUCUCCGUCCGCUGUAUCCCAUGACGGUACUGACGAUCACCUCCACACUCUGGGCUCUGAAGACAGAUGCCCUGGAACAAGACCCCAGAGCCUUCCUCCUGGCUUUUGGGACAAUAUUCAGUAACAUAGCGAGCCGUCUCAUCGUGUCGGAGAUGAGCGGUCAGCGAUGCGACGGUGUCAGUCUGCUGAACAUUCCUCUAGUGGCGGUGGUGGUGGUGUCUUCGUAUCUCCCACACUUGACGCUACCACUGCUAUAUCUGUUGUUGUUCGUCGUUACCACCGCUCAUGUCCAUUACGGUGUCUGUGUGGUCCGUCAGAUGUGCGAUCACUUUAAAGUUAAUUGUUUCGCUGUGCCGAGAGAUAAAAUUAAAUGAUUUUUUUUUCUAUAAAUAUAUAAUAUAUUUUAUAGUUAUUUA